AUGACCGAUCCUGGAGCGGCGCCAGCGUGCACCAAAUGCAGGUCACACAGAGUCAAGUGCGAUCGUCAGCGCCCGACAUGUUCAAGAUGCCUGAGGAUCGGGCAUGAUUGUCACUAUCCUGUGCGCAACCCAGCAAGGGCGUAUAUGAACUAUGUUCUCGAUUUAGAAGCCGAAGUCGCACGCCUCGAACAGGAGCUGAGAGCAGCAGAGUCUGGCGGAUAUUCCACAUCAUCCAUUAUAUCGCCUAAGCGGGAUGCCGGUGAGACCUUCCCGGCCCGGGCGCAAGACGGCGACGCCAUACACCAACCUGAAGCCACAGGGCCGACGGAUGAUCCUGUGCUCAUGGAACUACUCAUGGGGAAUGCCUCUCCGCUCUCAGCACAUUCCGACAGCUUGAUCGAGAACCUCUUCUCAUCCACAGACACGAACGAGAAGGAUUCCGUGCAGUCCCUCGUCGACGAUAUCAGGGAUGCUUCGCUAUCCGCCAUGGUGGUCCCCGAGACAACCUCCUCCCAGGACUUCUACCUCCGGCCUCUGAUACUGAGCGCCACUCUUCCAGUGAACACGACUUCUCCCAAGCUCCUUCCGAAACCACUCCACCUACCACAGAAAGGAAUUGCCGAGAAGGUCUUUUCGAAAUACCGCCAUUCUGUUCUCCCGGACCUUCCUUUCAUGAGCGAGUACGCUGCUCACGACCAUCUCCAAGCGACAUAUCAGCCCGAGCCACCGCCAUAUUCCAUUUUCAUAACCGCACUCAUGCUUGCGACGACGGCCGUUCACAUCUCGCCUGGCUCCGUUAUCCAGGCAUCAAGCCUCCAGCGGACUGCCAUCGUACACCUGGAGAUGGCGUUCGCCUCUGCAGCUCACCCACAGCCGCUUCGAGACCUUGAGGCAUUAGUUGGACUGGCAUACUAUGCGGCCCUGGUUGGCGAUGACUACUCGGACCCGUGGGCUUUGAGUGGCAUCGCGAUGCGCGUCUGCGUCGAUCUGGGCUUACAUAAAUUCGCCGAAACCGAUCAGAAGCGACGACUCUUCUGGUCUGCCUUUGCCCUUGACAGGAAGAUUGCAGUUGCCCGUAGCCUCCCGUUUGGGAUUCCAGAUAAAAGCAUCUCUGCAGAGUUACCGUUGUCGACAUCUCGGCCUUUUAAGCUCUAUAUGAUCUUAUCAGAACUCUCAUGUAUGCAGAAAAACCCAAACCCCGACCGAUGUCGCGAGAUUCGCGUUGAACUGGCCGAAUGUGUGCACGGCUACCGACAGCAGCAGCAAUUGACGCAUCAUCUUGAGCGUGAUAUUGCGCUCACUACGAGGCUGCUGGCACGACUGACGACUGGUGAUUUUCUGAGCUAA